AUGGGGGAAGCUCCUUGGAGCUCGUCUGUUAUCUCUCCUGCUGACUUGUUCUCCCUCCUGUCUCCAGUUGUUCCUGUCAUCAUGUCCAUCGAGGAGAAGAUGGAAGCAGAUGGCAGAUCUAUUUAUGUUGGCAAUGUGGAUUAUGGCGCCACGGCAGAGGAGCUGGAGGCUCACUUUCAUGGCUGUGGUUCAGUAAACAGAGUCACCAUUCUAUGUGACAAAUACACAGGGCAUCCCAAGGGGUUUGCUUAUAUCGAGUUUGCAGACAAAGAGUCUGUCAGGACAGCGAUGGCUCUGGAUGAAUCCCUUUUCAGAGGAAGACAGAUAAGGGUGGGAGCCAAGAGAACGAACAGACCGGGCAUCAGCACCACAGACCGCGGUUUUCCACGGGGCCGGUUCCGAUCACGGGGAAACUUCUCCUCGCGUGCACGAUACUACACUGGUUACCAGCCGCCCAGAGGCAGAGGACGGGCCUUCAGGUUUCAAGACCAGUGGAGGCUGACAUCCCCUCCCCAGGUGGCGCCGGCCCCCCCCACCGUCUCCGCAGCAUCUCUGUCUCUCUCCGCUCCCGCUAUGCACACUCACCCCAUCCUGUCGGUGUGGGGGGGCGGGGGAGGGGGGCAGGGCGACCACAGGCCCACCGCGGGGGGCAUUUACUACAACAGCAAACGCUGACGAUGCUUUUUAACUAACACUUUCGAGAGAAAAAAACGUAAAAAAAAAAAUACCCCGUCACACAUCGUCCACAAACAGACAUACACACCUAACCAAACACACGGCAGUACUGACGGCCAGCCAAGCCAACACAUGAU